AUGGAUCCAAAUCUACAAAAGCUUCACGGCAAUGUCAAGCGAGUUCGAGCAUGUUUUGAGAAACUUGCUAGCGAAAUAAUGACAAAAUUAAAUGAAUGCAAUAACUGCAUACGAACUGCUGAAAAUCUAUGUGAACAAGUAGUGAACGUCAAAGCGAUGCUGGACGAUAAAUUAAUAAACGUAAAUAAUGACGAAAAGGAAUGGAAAGAGAUCAAACUUAAACUAGCAACAACUGCUAUUGCAGGCAAGAUUAUACUCGACGUUGGUGGAGAGAAAUAUACCACUUCAGUGGAGACAUUAACUCGUGAGAAAGACACUUUCUUCACUGCACUAUUUUCAAAGCAAUGGCAACUCGAACGAGAUCCGGACGAUAAAAGUGUGUUUAUUGAUCGUGAUGGUAAACUAUUUAGUCAUAUCCUUGCUUAUCUGAGAACAAACACGAUGCCAAGUGAUAUACUGGACAAUGAUUCACUUCGUCAAUCUCUGAUUACGGAAGCUCGGUUUUUUCGUUUGCAUACUUUAAUCCACAUCCUAACAAAAUAUGAGCAGCAAGUUCAACUAGAAGCUGCUAGAAGAGUCUUCUUUGGUGAAACAUUGCUUCGACCAGAAUAUACACGAAAACUGAACGAAUUCUAUGGUAAGACUAACCAACAAUGGCAAUUGUUAUACAAAGCAACACGAGAUGGAUUUGCUGCAAAUGCAUUCCAUACACGCUGCGAUAAUCAAGGACCAACAAUAACGAUAGUUCAAUCAAGUAAUAACUAUCUCUUCGGAGGUUAUGCAUCUACUCCAUGGUCUUCAGAUGGCGGUUAUAAAGAAGAUACCAAUGCUUUUCUAUUCACUUUAACCAAUCCUCAUAGUAUUUCACCAACGAAAUAUCUUGUCGAUCAUACUUGUAUUACAAAAGCAGUCUAUCAUGGUGAAAAUGAUGGACCCACAUUCGGCAAUGGUCAGGAUCUCUAUAUAUCAAACGGUUGUAAUACGAACAACUCAAGCUGCAGUGCAUUUCCUCACACAUACAUGGAUACAACAGGAAAGGGUAACGAAACAUUUACAGGUGCUGACAAAUUCAUCGUGUCUGACAUUGAAGUUUUCAAGCUCGUUUGA